UUGAUUUUCAUUAGAAGAAGAAUACAGACGUUGAGUGCUGCUGCAGGUGCAGUAAUUGUAUUCACGCCAGUUACUGUGCCAUGGCCGAGAGGGAUUUUUACGUAAUGGGGAUGUUACGCAACAGCGACACAGGGAGCUCGUCGGCAGAACUUGGCUCCCUCUGACUGCAUGAUGCGCAUCACUUCAACAGGACUAUACGGAUUAGAUUAGAUCCAUCUAUCUAUCAUGUCUCCGGUCAAUAAUGGAGUAGUGUGUGCGGACAAGACCAACGGUAAGGUGACGGGAGACACCAGUGCAGCGCUAAAAGGUUUGGAGACCAUCGCUCCUUUGGUCCGCACUGCAGAAGAGACACCUGAUCCCAUCCCUGCCGAGGUACAAGGUAUGAUUCCCCACUGGAUCGACGGCAGCCUGCUCCGAAAUGGCCCUGGGAAGUUUGAGUUUGGAGAAACUCACUACAACCACUGGUUUGAUGGCAUGGCUCUGCUACACCAGUUCAAAGUGAAGGAAGGUCAGGUGACAUAUAGGAGUCGGUUUCUGCACAGCGACGCCUACACGAAGAACAGCGAGCAAGACCGCAUCGUUAUUUCAGAGUUUGGUACCAUAACCAUGCCCGACCCUUGUAAGAACAUCUUUCAGCGAUUCUUCUCUCGCUUUGAGAUCCUGAAGCCCACAGACAAUGCCAACGUCAGCUUUGUGAAAUACAAGGGAGACUACUAUGUCAGCACAGAGACCCACCUGAUGCACAGGGUGGACCCAGACAACCUAGAAACACUACAACAGGUAGACUGGAGCAAGUUCAUUGCUGUUAACGGAGCCACCGCCCACCCUCACUAUGCCCCCGAUGGUACCACCUUCAAUAUGGGCAACUCCUAUGGUGGUAAAGGAACCACGUACAACAUCAUUAGUAUUCCUCCUGAGAAAUCCGACCAAGAGGACACCCUGAAAGGUGCCAAAAUCCUCUGUUCCAUCCUACCUGCUAACAAGUCUCAACCCUCCUACUACCACAGCUUUGCUAUGUCGGAGAACUUUGUGGUGUUUAUUGAGCAGCCAAUUAAAAUGGACUUGUUGAGGAUAGUCACUUGUAAAAUGAGGGGAAAGACCUUCUCUGACGCCAUCUACUGGGACCCCAACCUAGAAACCAUCUUGCACGUCAUAGACAAGCGUACUGGUGAGGCCAGCCCGGUGAAGUACUACGCCAAAGCGUUCGCCACCUUCCAUCAGAUCAACGCCUUCGAAGAGGAUGGAUUCUUGAUGUUGGACCUGUGCUGCUCAGAUGACGGCCAAGCCAUCAACAUCUACCUCCUUCAGAAUUUACGCAAGUCGGGAGAAGCGCUUGACGAGGUGUACAACAGCAUGAGCAGAGCCUUUCCUCGCCGCUUUGUCUUACCUCUAAACGUGACUAAAGAAACGCCAACGGACCAGAACCUGAACACCCGUUCUUCCAGUACAGCAACAUGCAUCAAAACCAGUGACACUCGGGUGUUCUGUCAACACGAGGAUCUCCAUGGUGACGACCUCCACCAAUAUGGCGGCCUGGAGUUCCCUCGCAUCAACUACGAGCGAUACAACACAAAGCCGUAUCGUUAUUUCUAUGGCUGUGGCUUUCGGCACUUGUUUGGAGACUCCCUGCUUAAGAUGGACCUGAAGGACAAGAUGCUGAAGGUCUGGUACCAGAAGGGUCUGUUCCCAUCAGAGCCCGUCUUUGUGCCCUCACCGGACGCCGUGGAGGAGGACGAUGGCGUCAUCCUGUCCGUGGUUCUCUCGCCUUCACAGGAUAAAGGAACAUUCCUCCUGGUUUUGAAUGCCAAGACGUUCGAGGAGUUGGGAAGAGCAAACGUAGCCGUCAACAUGCCUUACGGCUUCCAUGGGACCUUCAAUGCCUCGGCUUAAAAG